GGGACAGUUAAGAGGUAUGAGCAGAACGUCUAUAUGGCCCAGGACUUGUUUGUUGCUUACCCCAGAACGGCCAAUCAGUCAGUAGUAAGCAAUGGCUUUGCCUGGCUAUUUCUCACACCUUACAAGCAGCAGAGGCAGGUCUGGGCUGGGCGUGUUCUUUCUUUGGCAUCACAUUUUUUCUUUUAACAGCGCGAGCUGUUACUGCUGCUGGCAGGUAUCUCCCAUCACUCCACGUCCCAGACAGCAUCGUUACUAAGCCACAGCACCGCUUAGGACUGGAGGAUUACUAAACAAGCAUGAAGGACAAUCAAAUGCUGAACUAAGAGAAACAUAGCCUUUCUCUUUAGUAUUUUUUAAGGACUCUGUGUUGAUAUCUGUCUUUAAACAUGGGCCAAUCAAUAUGCUGGUAUACGUGGAUCAUUACCCUUUGUGUCCUGCUCUGUUCACCUAAUCAAAGGUGCCUUGCAUUUCUGAAGAUGGAAAGUAGCACUGAUGUGCCUGUAUAUGCAACCUCACAGUUGACAACAGGAAAGGAGGAGAAUGGGAAAAUGGCUGAUAUUCUCAGGUGGAAAGACAACACUGAUCAAACAUCCCUCACUUCACAGCCUGCUUAUCUGUUUGACACUGCCUCACAGCCCUCUGUAACAGCAGCACAUGACAUAUUCUCUGCUAAGGCAAAAAUUAAUCAGAACCCUAAAAGCAAUACCAAGAGUUUACAGGCCAUUAAGGGGUUGGGUACCUCAUAUCCAACAAGUGAAAGUUUAAAGACUAGUCAGGAUUUGGACAUUUUAUUUCCUACAAAUUCUGAAUUGCCUUAUACUCAAAAUACUGCUAGAAGUAACAGCGUCAAAGAUGUGAGUAGCUUGACAAUGUUAAUGCUGACUACAGCAGUCCGUGUAACACCUUCUUUGCAAUCAGUUACAGAAAGGGAAGAUUCAGCUACAGUGCUCACAGGGAAUGCAGCUGAUGAUAAUUUGCAAACAAGCAGUGCUAUUUCUUAUUCUGAAGGACAGAUUAAUUCCUUGAAGUCUCAGUUUUUGGUGGCAGAUUUGCAGCAGUCGAAUGUUACCGAAGGACAUAUAAGUGGGUAUGAAAGCACAUCAGUUUCAGCAAGUGCUGCACUGGACGGAGAUGACCAAAUGAUAACCCCCAUCCUAAGAAGUGAAAAUUCAGAUGACAAAAACAAGGGAUUUACUGAACCUGCAGCAGUGUCUAACCUAUCACAUGUACCUGGAAAAAUUGAAUCACAAGCUGCACUGAAUGAUAGCCAUCUGGUAACUGUACAUAUCCUUAAUACAAUGUCUUCCCAAGGAACAAGCAACCAGUCUUCUGACCAACACAAUGUGGAACCAAGUGAGCACAUAAACACUGGAGACACCGCAACUUUAUCAGUUCCAUUUGUGUCAGUACUGAAAGAUGAAUGGCAAAACACAAACCUGGGCAUAGACAUUGAAGCAGAGACUAUUCACAAUGGUGCUGUAACAGAAAUGCAAGUUCUGGAACAAAGCCCACUUUAUUUUGAUGUCAACACUAAUAAUGUAAGUGACACAGAAAACACCACUUUAAUAUCAGUCACUAGUAGUAGAACACCUGAAACAGCAUACAUCAACAUAGUGUCAAAACUCUUGGUGGAGACCAAAGGUGAAAUUUUACCAACAGUGGAUACCAAACAAGAUGAGAUGCUACCAGCAUUCAGUGGCCCUACAUUUGCUGAUGCUACAAUCAGCACCACAGAAGGUGAUGCUACCACCCUCACAAAUAUAGGAGACAGAGUAGAUCCCAACAUGGAGGAGAAGACAAAUGCCAACAUGCCAUCACUGUGGACCAUGACUGCAUUCACAGUUACACAACUACAAGGCUCUUCUACUGAUAGAAAAGUCUCAGAAGGAAAAAAGCAUGCUGAACCUGCAGAAAGAGUGGGAACACCUGAGGUACAUGAUGUUACAGCACCUACCAUGGCACCAUUUCCAGCUGUGACGCAGGCAAAUACUGCAUCUAGAAAUCUAAGGACAACAUUAGUGUCUCCUACCAUUGUCAGUACAGAUGGAAGAAAUUCAGUGUCUCCAACAGUUUCACCGGCAGGUUCCCCAUCUUCUGAACCAGCCAUAAAUGACCCAAAUGGUUUUAGUAUGGCUACAGAACAACAAGCCUCAGCUACAGAAACUAGCAUUGUGACUUCUGAAAUUCGAACAGCAAGUGAAGCUACAGUGAGUGUUAGAAUGGUGAAUAAAUUUAAUAUGAGAACAACUGCUUCCAUGGGAUCUUCUCUGAAGCCAACAACAGUGCCAUUGUUUAGAUAUAUGUCAACAGCUGAAACUGAUGCCCCAGAGAAGCUUGACUCAGAAGAGGAAGAAGAAGAAGAAGAAGAUGAGGAUGAGGACACAGAUUCGGAGGAUGAAAGUAUUGAGGAUGAUACAGAAUUGCCAACAUUUGCUUCCCCUAACCCAACUUUCCAAGAAUCCCUCUCUGAUGGAAUUAACCUGACCCAUCUGGCUGGAAUAUCAUUCCACAUUCCUGAUGCUCUGGAAUGGGAAAAACAGAACCAAGGUCUUGGUAAGAAACGUAAUUUGCCACAAUAAUUUAAAUUCAAGUUG